UCUCCCCUCAUAUCUACUUUGUGAGAAAGUGAGAGAGUUGGUUUUGAGAUUUGGUAACAUGGCUGUACAUAGUGAUCCUCAUGCAGCACAGGUUGCAUCUGAAGCUAUUCUAGAGAACGUGUGGGCGAGCUUUAUCGGUGUGGAUGGAGUGAAAGAAGAAGCAAAAAAGACAACAGAGUUGUCUAAACCCUGGAAAGAACUGCCUCCUCUUGAUGGGAGAGGAGGGUCAAUGGAAAUUCUAGAAAGGCUACCAAGUCUAGGUAGGUGGAUAUCAAUGGGAACUGAGGCCUGGGAAGAGCUUCUUGACAGUUGUGUUGUUCCUGGACACAAUAUGGAGGUGUCAAGCAAUGUCAAGUUAGAAGGCAAUGGGGCUGCGAACGCAGAAUUUGAAGCAAAGGUUGAGAAGAGAAGAGAGAAAGUGGAAAUUAUGAAGCACUACCGCGGAGUUAGGAGGCGGCCAUGGGGUAAGUAUGCAGCAGAAAUUAGAGACUCAACAAGAAAAGGAGCUAGAGUUUGGCUUGGGACUUUCGAGACUGCAGAGGAGGCAGCUUUGGCUUAUGACAAGGCUGCUUUGAGAAUCAGAGGCUCAAAAGCCAAUCUCAACUUCCCUCUUGAAACAGUUGCAAAGGCUAUGGGGUUGGAUUGCUUCAACAUCUGCUCAUCCACAAAUGUUUCGAAUUCGCGGAAGCGAGCAUUGAGGGAGUGGGAAGAAAGUGUUGAGGCAAUGACUGAUGGAAAACCUGCAUUGAAAAGGAAGGCAAGCAUGCAAAACAUGUUGGGGGAUGAAUUUGAUGUGUUUGAGUUCCAAGACCUGGGAAGUGAUUAUUUGGACAGUUUGCUGUCUUCUUUUUGACAAAAAUCUUGUACAUGAAUGCUUCUGUCUGUCUCUAAACAUUCUUUGUAGUUGCUAGUCAAGGAGAAGCUGUAUAAGGUAUUUUUUUUCUUUCAAACUAGCCUUAGAGGAAGAGUUAGCAUAACAUCAUAUAAAUCACCAAAUUUCCCAUGUAUUUUGCAACAUUGAUCAACAAGGUGCUAAGUUAAGGUUGCA